GGAGGAGAGGAGCACAGGGCGUACAAACACUCUUUCGUUCCCUAUCUUUUCCCAUCCGAUGUGCCUCUUUGAGGAACUCAGAAGGAAAUCUUUUUGACAUAGAGAAAGAGUGAGUGGCAGGUGGUGUGAUUGACAUCUCUCGGCCGGGGGUGUCCGCUGUCCAGGAGUUGGCACGGGUUAGGAAGAAGACGAAUCAAGUGGCAGGUAUAGAAGAAUAGCAGCAUGGCUGUGGAAAGCUUCUCUGAGCUUUUGCAGAAACUGCGGGACGUCCAUGAACACGAGUUAGAAGGAUGUCAGGAAAGAUUGGUAGAAAUCACAAAUAAAAAGAAUAUUGAUACAAAGCGCAUGGAGGAACUUUACAACAGGAACCAGCAUCUUAGAGAACAGCAACGGAUGCUGACUGAGAACAUCAAACAGCUGGAAAACAGGUUGCGAGCCGGGUUGUGUGACAGGUGUACAGUCACUCAGGACGUGGCUAAAAAAAGAUUGCAGGAGUAUGAAAACUGUCAACUGCAGAGUUUACAGCAUAUCUCUAUCCUGGCGAGUGAGAUGAAUUCUCUAAAGAAAGAAAAUGACAGACUGAAAGAAGAGGUCAAGAGCAUGAGGGAUCGCACAAAUCGGCAGAAUGGUCUUUCAGAGGACAUGAUCGCUCCAGAAGUCAAGAUGUCACCUGACACAGCAGUGGCUGCAGUUAGUCAACUGACCUCAGGGUUAAAGUCUAGCCAGCCACCACCAGGGGACACCACUUUACCUGCAGCCACUGUCAAGCGUGAAAACAGUCCAACUGACAGUCUGGAUAAAUCGUCUGAACUUAAAGUUAUGCAAAGCUGGGCCAAGGCAUUUUCAUUCGAGCCCAACAAGCCGUAUGGAUCGGAAAGAAGAGCUGCCAAUGUGGAGUCGUUGGAGCAGAGACAUUCCCCUUUAUCUCUUUCACUUACAUCUGCUCUUGGUCUCCUAAAGAACAAUUGUGUUUUUUCAUCUACUGCCCCCGAGGAACGGAGCACCCGGCAACAAAUCCAUACCCCUGUCCCUUUCCGGCCGCUUCCAAUGCAGACCGGUCACCUCCCCUGGUCACUCUCAGAUUCCACGGAUUGGGUAACAGUAACAUCAGCCGCCUCUGGUGUUUCUAGCGGUAUGGCAAUGCACCCAAGCCAGACCCAAAUUGCAGGCUCGCCUAUCCUGCGUGUCCCCAAACUGAUCCCUCCUAUCAACGGCCUCCUGUCUCGCUCUCAUGCCCCGAGCCCCAGCGGCCUGCGGUCUUGGGUAGAUCGGCCUCCGCGCAAAAGCCUCACAGAGCAUUUUGACAGUAGAGAAAAGAGAGUUGCAGGAGGAGAAGCUGUUCCAGCAUCCCCCCAGUGGAGGGCUCCGAUGGAGCAGCCGGGAAGGAUAUUCGGCGAGAACCUCAGAAAGGAGCAGGAGGAAGCACCGCUGGACUUGUCUGAGUCAGGACGCUCCAAAAGCAAAGAGCAAGAGAAAACACAGAGCGAAACAUCUUCUUCAUCUUCAUCCUACUCACCACCAGCUCCACUUUCAUCAUCAUCUCAUUACCUGUCAAGUCCUCAAAGUGACCUACAAACAACAGACGGUAAUACACAGGAAGAAGCAACAGAGGACAAAUGUAAAGAUCAGGAGGAGGUAUACAAAGAUGAAAAUUCUCCAGCAGCUGAGACAUCUAUGAACUCAGACAACAGGAAAAUCCCAUCAAUCCACAUUUCCCUCCAACCAGUUGUGCUUAUGGAGUCGCAUAAAUCUGGAGGACAGAUUGGUAAAAUCACUGAUCCUGGGAGCAAACCGGUAGAGCAGGAGGAGAAGGAGAACAACGACCAUGAAACAAGCAGGAAAAGACCAGGGCAGGAUACUAAUGCUCUUUCCCAGCGGCCACUAAAGGAGAAGAAAUUACGAUUGAGGCGAGGAACCUCAGGAAACCAUGCAGAACUGGAGCAAACAUGAAGGCAGUAUACCAAGGUCAAGUUACUAGUUUUCCAGCCAGCCAUUUUGUCCAAUGGCUGUCAAGUUCAACCUCCAAAAUCUCUGAAAAACAUCUCUUCAGUCUUUCCAAAACACCAACAGUACACUAUUAAAAAUGAAGGUGCUUCAGUUCAUGAUGCUAUAGAACGACCUUUUUGGUCUGAAUGGUUCCAUAAAGAACCUUUAACAUCUGAAGAACCUUUCUGUUUCACAAAAGGGUCUUUGUUGCAAAAAAAAGAUUAUAAAAGUAAAAAAAAGAGAAGCUUCUUUAAAGAACCUUUGACUGUUCUUUGGAACCAAAAAUGGAUGAUAUAUAUGGCGUUGCUGUGAACAACCUUUAAGCGCCUUAUUUUCAAGAGUGUAGACACCACAACUUUGUCACUUAAAGCUCAUUUAUCACACAGAAUUCAUACUGCAUGGGGUAAGAUGUACCACUGAGAAGAAAAGAAAGAUACAUUCGGUAUCUGCCAUGUAGAACAAAAAGUGUUAUUAAACUGCUUGAGCAUCUGUCAAUUACAAACAGCUGUGUAUGACAUAAUGUAACAUGCAAACUAUGCUAAAUUAAGAGAGCUGGCAGGCAGCUCACCUCGCUCAAGCCAAAAUGAAAUUAGAUCUUGUGUUAGAUCAAGUAGGCCUAACCAAACUUCCUUUUCUGUAAAUAGUGAUGUUUCAGAAAGCUCUUUCAGCUCUGAAGCAAAUUUGUAUUUGACUCUUCAUUGGAUAUCUUUGGCUGGACCAAAACAGGAAGCCAGGAACUGCUAUUUUCACUUUACUCCUCUUUACGAGGCUGUCAAUGAAUUAUCAACAAUAUAUUAAGUUUCGGUUUAUACCAUGAAUAAUUGGAAUUGUACAUACUUAGCUCAAUUGUACCUGUUUGUAUACUUCAGUUGUACUGUUUUGUUAAUUGUUCUCUCUAUUAUUUUUAUCAUUUUAAAACUUGCUUUAUUUCUUUUCAUUCGUUCAUCUGUGUAAAACUGGCAUCUAUUUUUGUCACCGUUUAAGCAUGUCCUGCUGCUUGUAGAUGUGAAAAAACCCUCUGCUUCCCCUUUUGCCUUUUUUUCAAGCUGGCGAGCAUAUAUUUUGUAAUAGCGAAUUUUCCACUUGCAGCGGUAUAUGCUCUGAGAGUGCAAAAGGCGGAAGGAUAAAACUGUGAAAAGAUACCGUAGGCCUACUAAUAGUACUUUCUGUUGUUACACCACUUGGGGUCACGCUGUUUUAAAUGCAUAAAUUCACAGUGUUAACCUGAACGCGUAGAUUCCUACAACUUUUUAAUAUGUAAAACUGACGUAAUUUAGGUAUUUUUUAUAGUUUGCCAAGCUUCCCAACGCAAUAUUAAAACAAGAUUAAAAAAACAUGUUUUAAAAUUUGAAAGCAAAUAUUUGUAAUGUAAUUACUAUUGCAAUAAACACACAUAUAAAUGAA